GCCGACGCCAGCGGAAGCCCGGCGCACUUCCGGCGGGCGCGGGCCGGAAGGCGGCAGCCGCCUCCCGCCGGGCCGCCGUGCGGUGCCGCCGCCAUGGGCCCGCGGGCGCUGCCGCUGCUGCCGCCGGGGCGCCGGCCGCGGCCGGGCAGCUGGUACCGGCUGGCGCCGCGCGGCGAGCGGCCCCGCGGGCGGGUGGGGCACGGCUGCGUCUUCCUGCCCGGCGGCCCCGGCCGCGUCCUCCUGCUGGGCGGCGCCGACCCGGCCGGCGCCUUCGCGGACGCGCAUUUCGUGGAGCUGGGCGCGCUCCGCUGGGCCCCGGCCGGCUGGAACGGGCUGCGGCCGCGCUACGAGCACGGCACCUUCCUGCCCGCCGCCUCCCCGCGCCUCUGGGUCUUCGGCGGCGCCCACCCGGCGGGGAACCGGAGCUGCGUCCAGGUGCUGGACCCCGAAAUAGGAACCUGGGAGAGUCCUGAAGUGAGUGGAGUGCAGCCAGCGCCCAGGACGUGUCACACCUCCUCCGCAGCCAUCGGGGACCGUCUGUUCGUGUUCGGAGGAGGAGAUAAGGGAGCAGAGCCGGUUAAAGACCAGCAGCUUCACGUGUUUGACACAGCCACCCUGGCCUGGUCCCAGCCAGAUACUCAUGGUGAUCCCCCCUCUCCUCGGCACGGACACGUGGCGGUUGCAGUUGGGACCAAACUCUUCAUACAUGGAGGUUUAGCUGGUGAUGUUUUUUACAAUGAUCUGUUCUGCAUCGAUAUAAAUGACAUGAGAUGGGUCAAGAUACCGGCCACCGGUGACGUCCCGGGAGGACGGGCGUCCCACGCAGCAGCUGUGUUUAAAGAGCACGUGUACAUUUUCGGUGGAAUAGGCCCGGACGGGGCCCUGGACACUACGUACAAGUAUCACACAGGGACGCAGCAGUGGACGCUGCUGCGGUUUGACGCCCCUCUGCCCGCCGGGAGGCUGGACCACGCCAUGUGCAUCAUUCCCUGGCGGGUCAGCAAGAGCGGGGACACGGGAGCUGUCACCCAGGAAGAGGGUGACGAAGCCAGCACCCUCCAGAGACAGGGGGAGGAGGGACACGCUGGGGACGCUGUCCUGCACCUGCUGUUUGUGUUUGGGGGGAUGGACGUGCGGGGGCAGAUCUACCGGGACUGCGUGGUCAGCCUGGUGGAGUAGCGGAGCUGCAGCACCAGCCCCGCGUGGUGCUGAGGGACUAAGUCUGCUUUCCAAUAAACAGAUGCUUGUCCUCAAA